AUGUCUAUGUUGGUGCCAUGGAGUUUGAGGUCAUUUUUAAAUCCGUGUCUGUGCGAAGGAAACCCAGAGUCACAGCCAAAUCCCUUGGCGUUGUCAAGGAGGGAGACAAGAUCUUUGGCUACCCGAAGGACAAUUGGCUCCAAACAAGCAAGAAAUACAGGCAAAAAGAGCCUGGAUGGAUGCGGAUGGACGGAACGGAUCUUGGUCACGGCCCCCCUAUUGCAAUGCACUUCACUCAAGCCGCAGAUGACAAAGUGCUUUGCAGAGGCCCUUCUGAUUUCUUGGCAGCAAGUGCCUGCAAAGUCUGUACUAUACUCUCUGGAGUGGAUGACGCAGGAAAAGAAACGUGCAAACACGGCGUUGGACAAGACCAGAUCUACUACAGGUAAGAUUCAGGGCUUGACUGCCGACUCCACCUACUUCAUCAGGGUCACGGCUUUUGUCAUGAUUCCGGGGAUGCAAGUCAGCGAUCCGAAGAGCAUUUGUGCACAGAUCUGCAGCGAGUGGACAGAAGUUCAGACAGGCGCUGCAGUGGACACGGUGGAGCAGACCUCCAUGACGUUUGACCCACUGGCGAGAAUUCGUGGCCGCUGCAGAGGUUGCCAGUACUGCCAGAGCUUCAUUUUGUCGAAGUAUUCCUACUUGAUGCAUUUGGAUCAGGUGCUUUGCCGGCGAUGUGGCUGUGCCUGUACGAGUCAUGAAAUCGUCGGUGAGUAUGGGAAGUCACAUGCUCAAUGGUCGAAGGAGAAUGCAGAGCGCAGGAAGAGGGAAGAUCAGAGACGACAAGCCAACAAGUUCAACAAGAAGCCAGACCUUGUCCUGGAGAUACCUUGCGACCCAUGGCAGCCAGAUGAUGCACCUGCUGGAACCGCGAAGGCCAACUAUGUCAUCCGACAGGUGACGAAAGCAAGAAACUUCUAUGAGACCCUUGGAGUGAAGCCAUCUGCGGCGACCAAGGACAUCCGGAACGCAUACCGUCAGAUUGCACUGCGAAUUCACCCAGACAAGGUGUGCCCUGGCGGGGGGGGAUUCAGACCUACUGACCGAGGCAGAGGCCGCUUUCAAGUUGUUGUCUACAGCUUACGAAGUACUUGGUGA